GCGCAUGCUUUUAUACCAGCGAGAAGGUUCAAUCAAGUCACGAGUACGCAAGUUUACUUCCAUCUGUGAGCAGUCGUUGCCACCCCCCUCGCCUCUCAGCUUCAUCUCCUGCACCAUCCGUCCGUCGAUCAACUUUGGGCGUAUUGGCCGACCAGAUAACCCAAGGCGCAUUUGCUGCCGUUCAAGCUCUACUGCUCAUUGUUGCUCUUGUCGGCGGUUUUCUGAUUGGCAACCACAACCCAAUACUCGAUUCAAAUUCACUCGCCCAACACCUCAACUUUUACAUAUUUCCACUACCACGUCGAUCUUUGACGGCGUACGGCGAUUAGUCUCUCCUGCGUCUCAUAUGGUACCACACAUUGGUUACCUCGCGAAAUCACUCAUUUACCAGCUUUCGAGUUUGCACGGCUUGAUUUGUUGCCUCUCCGACUGGCUGGCAGGGUCAUUACCUAGCCAUUGCAGGGUUUGUAAACAUGGAAAAGCCCACUACAGCACUGAAAGCCGCCAAUUGGCGGAGAUCGCAAGUUUCUCAUGACCAACAUACCCACCAGGUCAAGAUAUCCAGAAAGCGAAAUUCGUCAACCUCCACCGCCGACUUCGAUAUAGCCAAUCCAGCUACCCACUGGCGAAGGCCUGUUGCCAG